AUGUCUUCAGGCCAAGAUCCCUUCCCGCCUGCAUUGACACCAACCGUCACUGAUUUUUAUGGGCUACAGUCAUGGAUAACAUACGCACUCAUUGGCUCCUGCUUCUCUUCACUCCUUGUCCCAGUCCUCAUCGCGUUAUUCUUCUUCUCCACAAGCGACAUCCGAGGUAGACCCAUCUUUAUCCUGAAUGUAAUGGCUUUACUCUUGGGCAUCGGCGAAGGCGUUGUCCUUGUCGUCCUACAGAUACAAAACAUAUUAUCGCCAGUCGUAAACUCGACAUCACCCGGGGGUGUUCUAACCUGGAUCCUGUUUUCGUUCUGGUCGCCGGCUUUCAUUGACUCGAUUUUGUACUUGCGUCUAUGGGCCGUUUAUCCACCCACGCUGACGUCACGAGUGGUUCGAUGUAUAAUUCUGGGGACGCCUGUUGUUUCCAAGAUGGCCAGAUUUGUCGUCUUGUCCGUGGCAACGGCUGGGUGGGCCCAUCGUACAAGGGUUAUCGGGACGUUCCUCGCCGGACUAGAGCUUUGGCCGUAUGCUAGGGUGGUUUGGUGCUUCCAGCUGUUUGAUAACGUAUAUAUGUCAGCUUUGUUCAUAUAUCAACUCCGUCACCAAAUGCACUCCGACCCUCCAAUAUUUCAGCAUCGCAACCCCUUCACCUCUCGCCUACGCAUGCUAUUCAUCAUCUCUGUAUCGAACUUCGUCGUCCCCUGUUUAUUUAGCACCGCCCAAAUCGUCAUUGCUUCAACAGACAUAGACGCAACCAACCUCGCUCUCUUCCUUACAUCCACAUAUCUCUCCAUAUCCAACAAUUUCGUCACUAUCGUCGGCGUUGUGUUCGCUACCAUAUGGUCAACAGGAUCGACUUGGAUAGGCAGCAACAGCAAUGCUGGCACGACGAUGUCUGCUACUCUGCCUAGUUGGGUAGCGAAUGGUUCCCAAUCUGUGACGACGAUACAUACUUUACCACCACCACUGCCUGCCCAGGGUGGCCCCCGUUCUCCUUCGUCAUCCUUCCAAAUAGGUUGGCGCAGUACAUUAGACCUGUCUCAAGGCGAAGUACUAGACAGUCCUAUCACGGAUGCUAAAAUCAAGCGAUUCGGCUUCAUCUGGUCCUCCGGUACCACCCUUUGCUUUCCGCCAGCAUAA